AGAGAGUGUGUUUAUCGGUCAGGGGCCAGUGUAGUGUGUGUGUGUGUGUGUGUCAGUCAGUCUAGCAGUGCCAGUGCUGUAGUAGUAGUCAUGUACAGGGAUCUGUCUGACAGAGACUCUGUGCCCCAGGGGCCUGGCAGUGAGUGUCUGGGAAGCAGUAUGAGUCAGGACAGCCAGGACUGUCUGGGCAGUAUGACCCAAGAGAGCCAGGAUAUCUACCUAAGGAUGGACCACCACCGCCGUCGCUCCGGAUACCGCCUGGGACGCAUCAUUGCCCGGCAACAGCUACUCCGGAGGAUAGCUGGAGAACUCGAAGCGAAGGAGGCGUGUGAUUGGUUACGAGCGGCAGGAUUCCCCCAAUACGCUCAGCUCUUUGAAGACUCUCAGUUCCCCAUCGACAUCUCUCCUGUGAAGAAAGACCAUGACUUUCUGGACAACGACCUGGUGGAACCUCUCUGCAGACGACUCAACACCUUGAACAAGUGUGCCUCUAUGAAACUAGACGUCAACCUUCCUAAGAAAAAGAGUGAAGACUCUGAUGAGGAGGACCUGUUUGCCAUCAGUGACAGAUGGAAGUUUGAGUGUACGAGCCGCCGCUGGUCCAGACUAAAGGGGGAGGGGCAGAGUCCCAGGGAGGGGGAGGGGCGGGGCCUACAGACCACCACCAGUAGCGAGAGUGUUCUAACUGACCUCAGCGAACCAGAGGUCUCAUCUCUCCACAGUGAGAGCAGUGGGUGGAGUGGCCACCAGGCUGUGAGCACAGAGGACUCAGACUGCUCUAACCGGAACUACUACGACUCUGCAGCGAUGCCUGAACCUGACUCCACCUCCCUUACCCUACCACACCUCCCUAAGCACCUCCCCUACUACGGCUCGCUGCCCGCCAAAAACGGCCGCGUCGGACGGACCCGAGCCAAGGACUUCCUGCACCGCAUGGAGACACUACGUUCCCGGGGCACGCUGGGGAGGGGGCAUUGCAAGAAGCUGGUGAUCAGCACCCCGGUAUUGCAGACAGAGCCGCAGGCCCUGAAGACGCUGCGCUGCGUGGAGAUCACCAGUGGGGACGGGUCGGGGGCGGAGGUACCCACUGGGGGACCAAUCCUAGGGCUAACCCCCCAGUGCCCCUCCAGCAGCGAGGGCAGCCACUCCAGCGGCAGCACUGUCUCAUCCCCCAGUCUGAAGGAGAGGAAGCCCCACUCCCAGCGGACGGACCGGUCCGACGCCAAGCGCAGUGGCAUGUAUCUGGAGGACUUGGCCGUGUUCUCCAGCCUGCAGCGGAUCAGUGGCGUGGCCCAGGGGAAGAGGGGCGUGACCGAACACAAUCAGCGUAACGAGUUCCGCUCCUACGAGGACCUGGUGGUCCACAUCCCCAAAGACCACAAGCCUGGCACCUUCCCCAAGGCCCUGUCCAUAGAGAGCCUCUCCCCCACCCUGGGGGCCUCUGUCCCCUGGCACAGCGACCACGUCAACCCCCUGGAGCCCCAGUCCAACCCCCACCCUACCUCUAACCCGAGGGAGUUCCACCACCGCCGGCUCACCCAGUUCUGCCCACGGGGCAGUAGGAUCAGUGUGUACGACAACGUCCCUGGGUCUCACCUCUAUGCCUCUACUGGAGACCUGCUGGACCUGGAGAAGGAAGACCUGUUCCCCCACCUGGAUGAUAUCCUGCAGCACGUCAAUGGCCUGCAGCAGAUAGUGGACCACUGGUCCAAGAACAUGCUGCCCUCUGCAGGCCUGGAUGGACAGGGGAUCCAGCCUGCAGGUCUGAAGUCAUCCAGCCAGAUCACGCUGGACUUUGAGGGGACGUCUGUUCUGGAGGGACAGAGCACAUCCAGUGACGGGGAUAGAGACGGCGUGUCCCUCAUUGAGACUCACUGUACAGGACACAGAGAGAGGAGGGACUCAGGGGUGGGAGCAUCACUAACCAGACCCAACCGUCUGCGAUGGCCCAGCUUCCAGAUGUCCAACCGGCUCAGCCACUCAGUGGCCUCGCUCCAGAUCACCAACCAAUCAGCAGGCCAGCUCAGCCUGCUGCAGAAGUUCUCUCUCCUCCGCCUCACUGCCAUCAUGGAGAAAUACUCCAUGUCCAACAAACACGGAUGGACCUGGUCGGUUCCAAAGUUCAUGAAGAGGAUGAAGGUUCCAGACUACAAGGACAAGAAUGUGUUUGGUGUUCCUCUGAUCGUUCACGUCCAGCGCUCUGGUCAGCCCCUCCCCCUCAGCCUGCAGCAGGCCCUCCGAUACCUCAGGAGCCAGUGUCUAGACCAGGUGGGUCUGUUCCGUAAGUCUGGUGUGAAGUCUCGUAUCCAGGCGCUGAGGCAGAUGAAUGAGUCGUCUCCUGAUGAUGUCAGCUACGAGGACCAGUCAGCGUACGACGUAGCAGACAUGGUCAAGCAGUUCUUCAGAGACCUGCCUGAACCUCUACUGACCAGCAAGCUGGGAGAGACCUUCCUACACAUCUACCAGUAUGUUCCUAAGGACCAGCGGUUGCAGGCUGUGCAGACGGCCAUCAUGCUGAUGUCAGACGAGAACAGGGAGGUGCUCCAGAUGCUGCUCUGCUUCCUGUCUGAUGUUACUUCCUCUGUGGAGGAGAACCAGAUGACUCCCAUGAACAUUGCUGUGUGUCUGGCCCCGUCCCUGUUCCACCUCAACAUCCUGAAGAAGGACAACCUCUCACCCAGGGCCAUGCAGAGGAAGUACACAACAGGACGGCCCGACCAGAAGGACCUGAAUGAGAACCUUGCCGCGACGCAGGGACUCGCCCACAUGAUCAUAGAGUGCAACCGACUGUUUGAGAUUCCCCACGAGAUGGUGACUCAGUCCAGGAACUCGUACGUGGAGGCGGACCUUCACGCUCCCACCUUAGAGGACCUCUGUAGACAGCAGGAGGAGGAUGAAGCGUCCUACCAGACAGAGGCCAGACCCUGCCAGACACACUCAGAGACCAGACCGCAGAACCUGUACCAGAGCUACGUAGAGAGCAGGCUGCAGGAGCUCCUGAAGGAGGCCAGAGAGAAGGCUAAGGGCUGGGUGUCCUGCACCAGCUCAGACAACACUGAGCUCUACUGUAAGAAGGUGGGUGAUGGGAACCCUUUGCGGCGGUGGCGUGUGGCGGUAGAAGUGGAGGCCCCUCCCUCGGUUUUGUUGAACCGCGUGCUGCGAGAGCGCCACCUGUGGGAUGUGGACCUGCUACAGUGGAAGGUAGCUGAGACUCUGGACAGAUACACUGAGAUGUUCCACUAUGUCCUCAACCGCAUGCCCCCACACCCCAGCAGAGACUUCCUGGUCCUACGGUCAUGGAGGACUGACCUUCCCAAGGGGACGUGUGCAUUGGUGUGUGUGUCUGUAGAACAUGAGGACUGUCCCCGGGUCGGUGGGGUGAGGGCCGUGGUUCUAGAGUCCAACUACCUUCUAGAACCCUGCGGCUCUGGGAAAUCCAGACUCACUCACAUCUGCAGGGUGGACCUCAAGGGGAGGAGUCCAGAGUGGUACAACAAGGCCUUUGGUCACCUCUGUGCUGCUGAAGCUGCUCGCAUUCGCAACUCCUUCCAACCAAUCAGCACAGAGGGGCCAGAGACCAAGAUCUGACAUUAGAGUCUUCCGUCCAUAGAGCUAGACCCACACAUACCUGGAGGGAACUACACCCAACCUGGCUUAGCCUAGAACUAGUGUAACCGAGUUGGAUUUGUAACCUCACUCCCCAGCCUGAAAUGUCUCCACUUGUGCUAUCGAACUGCUAACUGUUUGGUAGCGUAGUUGGCUAAGACAUUGUCAAGAUGCUGGUCCAGUAAGGAUUUGUGAGUGAGGAAGCUAUACCAAGGAAGCACAGUGACGUCUGUUACACUAGACUAAAUGAUGUCUGGUGCUAGACCCAUCCAUGCCUUCCAUGGCCUGCCAACCAUGUCUGGUGCUAGACCCAUCCAUGCCUUCCAUGGCCUGCCAACCAUGUCUGGUGCUAGACCCAUCCAUGCCUUCCAUGGCCUGCCAACCAUGUCUGGUGCUAGAGGAGUAUAUAUUCAUAUAUUCAUAGAGUCCUGAAGCCAAUAGGCAGAGCUGCAGCGCUAAAGUAUCAAAUAGACCAUGCUGACGAAUGGUUAAAACCAGUGGGUGGCCGCCCUAUCGCAUCUGACCGACAAACAUCAGUCGUCAUUUUCUAUUUAUUUCCAGACGAUUCUACAUGUUUAAUCACCACCGUUUGUUGAACCCCAGCAGGUGAUCUACUGUUACUGUGCACGGCUAAUAUUCAUGUUGGUCUGUCUUGAAAUGUGAUGCCAGAACACAGAGACCAAAAAGAGUAUGGAGCAUCUCUGGACUCUGCACAAUGACACAAGAAGACCUCCUUAGGUGCUGGAUGUUAUUAAGACGUUAUUAUGAUGUUAUUAUAAAAUUAUUAUAAUUAACCUAUUAUUAUUUUUAUUUUUAUUAUUAUGACCGAAAGGAGAACAGAAUGACGCUCCCAAUGUCCAUUAGUAUUUAGUAUUACAGUUAUGUCUAGGACAUUUAAGCUCUUCAAAGCUUCUGGGAAGCUGUAUGUUAUUUUAUUCAUGUAAAAUGUAAUGCUUUAUGUUAGAUAUGCUGUGUGUGCACGCAUGUGUCUGUAUAUAUCUGUGUGUGUGAAAACAUACAUGCACGCAUACUAGCUGUAUAUACUGUAUAUUUGAAAGGCUUAAUGCUACAACUUAAAUAUUGAUUCCAGCAUUGCAUCAUUGUUAUUGUAAUUCAUACGGUACUAAUCUGUAAGCUGGUUUUACUGGGCUUUAACAGUGCUGUGUGUGUCUGAAUGGCUGUAAUGUUAUUCUAUAUGACCUUAGUGUUUAAGGUUGAAAACUAUGACUGCAUCCUAAAUUGCACCUUAUUUCCUAUAUAGUGCACCACUUUUUACCAGAACCCCCAUAGGGCUCUGAUCAAAAGUAGUGCACUAUAUAGGGAAUAGGAUGCCAUUUGGGACAGAGCCCAUGUGACUCAGGUUUGAUCUCCAGACCUGCUGUAGAGAGCUGGCUGGACUGAGCUUCAGUUUAGUUCCAGAGACAAGAUUUUUUAAUUAAACAACAUAAAAUAUGUUUAUGAAACGUU